UUUGAUCCUCAAUUAAUUACUGUUUUACGCAAGGUAGCUUAUGUACUUUACUGGUCGCAGCACUACAACUCGCUACUGUAUUUUCUGACACCACAAUAUUCGUGGCCGAGUCAGUUCUCGCUUUUCUAGCAAUAUACGACCAAUUAUAUACAACAUGGCUGCCAACUUCCAAAUUCCAUUCCAAUGCAUCCAAUAUCUGGAAAAACAGGGUGCAGAACCUCAGAGGCUGCUUAUUGCGUCAUCUGGGGGCAAGAUCUACUCCUACGUUGCAGAGACCGGGCAGCGUCUCUCUUCUUGGCCGGAAUAUGUAAAUGCAAGCAAUCCAGAUAACUCCAAGGCAACUGAGACAGAAACUGGAUCGGAAGACCAAGCACCACCAGAGAAGAAGAGAAAGGUUUCCCCGUCCGAGGAGGGACCUGCUGAAACUUCCAAAUCACCCGUCAAGGCUCCGGCUUGGUCCAGCAUCCCUAUUUUAGUUGCGCAUUCGAAUGGAGACUAUGUGAUUGCGCUCACAGCCGAAGAUAAGUGCAUUCGUGUCCUCCGCUUGGAAGCUGAUGGCACUUUUGAACAACUAAGCGAAAGAUGUAUGCCAAAGAGGCCAUGUAGUAUCGCUCUUACUGAUGACGGUUACUCAAUCCUCUGUGGUGAUAAAUUCGGCGAUGUUUACUCGCUGCCACUUCUUCCCAGCAACGAGCCAUAUGUGGCGCCAAAGCUUCCUAAUCGGCCAAAGGUGCCUGCAGCAACAACCCUUACUGUGCAUAGUAAGCGGAAUCUUGAAUCUUUGGAGCAACAGUUGCGCUAUGGUCAAAAAAAUCUUACCGAAGAAAAGACCAGCCUGAAUUUCCAGCAUCAAUUGCUACUUGGCCAUGUGUCAUUGCUCACGGAUGUGGCUUUUGUCACGGUACCUCAGGAUGAUAAUUCCGGUCAAAAGCGCAGUUACAUCCUAACCGGAGACCGCGAUGAGCAUAUUCGAGUCUCUCGCUAUCCACAGGCUCAUAUUAUUGAACGUUAUUGUCUGGGCCAUACUGCAUUCGUCACCAAGCUCUGCAUUCCCCAAGCCGCUCCAGAAUAUCUCAUCUCCGGCGGAGGCGACGAUUAUUUGCUAGUCUGGAAGUGGACCGAAGGCCGUAUCCUACAGAAGGUUCCCUUAGUGGAGCAGGAAUCAGAGACUACACAGGUUACAGUUCGUGGAAUUUGGGCGACAUCAAUCGGUGGGUCAAAUAUUGUUCUUAUUGCGCUUGAUGGGUCCUCACAGCUGCAAUGCUUCGUGCUUGGGUUGGAUGGCACAUUAAAAACACAGGACCCAAUCGAGGUGUCUGGCAACGUCUUAGACGUGGCUAUCAUAGAAAAGGACAGCACAAUUGUUGUUUCUGUGGACUGCAUCCACGAAAAGGGCUCAACCCACGGAUGGAGAGCCAGCCCAACAAGCCACUCGAAUCUGAUUGAAUCGUUCCGCGUGAAGCCAGGAACAGAAAACUUGGAGUGGGAGCCGGUCGCAGAAUCGCUGGUUACCAACGUCAAUAUGGGUGGCUCCUCUGGAAUUUCAGCAGAUGCCAACACAAAGCAAAGAAAGGAACUCGACGAUUCGUUGUAUAGUUUGGGCAAUCUGCGUAAGAAGCAUGGAGAGGAUGACUGAAGGACAAUCGGUCGCUUUGUAUGGGAAAGUUAGGGGUUUAUGUCCAUGCU